AUGGAUAAAAACCAGUUGGAAGACCAGCGAUAUGCGCAGAGUAAAUCUCCCAGACGAGGAUGGUGGAUACUGUUCUGCACAGCCUUAGCUACUGGCUGGUUUGCUUGGCCGUAUGUUUGUUGUUCACCUCCACUUAGCAUCGAGGACCGAGUGGAGCGAAUUCUUUCACAAUCUCCCUUGAUCGACGGCCAUGAUGAUUUCCCCAUUUUCGUUCGGGAGGUCUUCCACAAUCGCAUCAAUGAUCGCAAUUUCACCGAUGCCUUUGUCAAGGGCACGCUACCCGGCCAUGUAGAUAUUCCUCGGCUGAAGCAGGGUCGCGUCGGUGGUACCUUUUGGAGUGUCUUCGUGCCAUGCCCUGCCGAUGGAGCCGACUUCUCCGACGAGAAUUAUGCAGCAAGUGUGCGUGAGACAAUGGAGCAGGUGGAUGUCAUGUCGCGUGUUCAACGAGCCUAUCCUGAGAUCUUCUCAACGCCUCCAAAUGGCACCACGGCCAUGUCAGCUUUCCGCGAAGGAAAGAUCAUUUCACCCAUGGGCAUCGAGGGCCUGCACUCCAUCGGAAAUUCCCUUGCGCACCUUCGGAUUUUUUAUGAACUGGGUGUCUCCUAUGCAACUUUGACACACAACUGCCACAACCGGUAUGCCGAUGCCGCUCUUCUUGAAGUCCCAGGGGGUAUCCAAAAGGCCGAACCUCUUUGGCACGGUGUCAGCGAGGACGGCAAGAAGCUGGUUGGGGAGAUGAACCGCCUCGGAAUGAUUGUUGAUCUGGCGCACGUGAGCGCAGAAACCAUGCGAGAUGUUUUGGGCGCUGGAAAGUCCGAGUGGGCCGGUAGUCGUGCUCCAGUGAUAUACAGCCACAGCUCCGCCUAUGCACUUUGCCCACACCCGCGUAACGUGCCCGAUGACAUCCUGGAGCUGGUGCGUGAAAAGAACUCUUUAGUCAUGGUCAAUUUCUCGCCAGACUUCAUCUCCUGCACGCUCUCUGAUCGCGAUGACGGGAUCCCCGACGAGGACACUGAGCAUGCCACAUUAGAACGCAUCGCUGACCAUAUCAUUCACAUUGGCAAGCUCGUCGGGUUUGGACAUGUUGGAAUCGGCAGUGACUUUGAUGGUAUUCCGACAGUUCCUCGUGGGCUCGAAGAUGUCUCCAGGUUCCCAAGUCUGAUCGCAGAGCUGUUGAAACGAGGAGUGAGCGACGCGGAUGCAAGCAAGGUGGCAGGCGGCAACUUGCUGAGAGUCUGGGCGGAUGUUGAUGAAGUAGCCCUCCAAAUGCAGGCCGAGGGAGUCCUUCCUGCCGAGGACUAA